AUAAAUCCGAAUAGAGAGAGAAACAAUAAGAAAACAAUAAACCUACAAAUCCACCUGGACAGGAGAGAGAGAGAAAUCGCGUUUGCUUUUGAUUGGUCAUAUAAAGAGGGGCACUUUCGACUUUGCCCAUCGAUAUGAAGAGUAUCAGAAUAGACAAGAGUACACCAGAAUUCGUAAGAGUAAGCCAGAAUACGUUUUGCCUCAUUAAGAGUAUCUGAGAUUAUUACCACUAGAUAUCGUUCUGCUUCUUCAAUGUGAGCAAAUAGAGUGACUGCCCCCGGAUUAACUUCAACUUCGGGUAAUCCACUCGCAAGCUCACUAUAGUUCCCACCAUAUGAACUUUCUUUCUCACCUGUUGAUUGUUGCUCCGUAACUGGAACUAUUUCCAUUUCUUCGAUGACCUCUACAUGCAAAAUACUUCUUCUUCCCUCUUUAUCCACUGAUGUCAGAUACACAAACACAUCUUCAUCAUCCAAAAUAUAUGAUUGCCUCUGAGGUUCUACUACAAGUGGAAUGUAACUCAGAUUCAGCCUCUUUGUACAUGGAUCUAUGGUCUUCUUCUUGCAUAUCAUCUCCUUCAAAAACGAAUAAGUGAUCUUAUCCAAUGAUGAUGUCUUAAAGGAUAUAGCAUACAAACGACCAUCGCUUGGAAUCCAUUCACAAUCAUCUCCAGAUUUCUCAUAAUGUCCAUCAUAGUCAAAGUGUAUGUUUGUAGAAGAAUAACUCUUGUACAAAAAAAAAUUAAACUCUUAAAGUUAUUCCUAGUUAUCCAGUUUUGCUAUUGAAGUUAUACUAAGUUAUAUCUUGUUACACAUUUUUGUCAGGGAGUAAAGUUUCACCUACUUCUACUUUUCUAGUCUACUAGUUUCACACUAUUCAACCAAUGCAUUCGGGAAAUUAAGCUUUGAUCCCCGAUUUUUCUUGUUGAUUAUCCAAUUCCACACACCACCCAACUCCCACACUUUCUCAUUCUCCCCUAAUUGACAACCCAAAUAUGAAAUCUACUGUCUCAUUGAUGGGGUUAUAAGAUACAGACCAGAACCAAGAUAAUGCUUUACCUGAAGUUGGGGAUCCAUUGCUCAAUAAUUCAGCAUCCAAGCGAGCAGCCGCAGUCUCCUUUAUAAUUGAAGAAUCGCUGAUUUCGAUUUCAGGGCAGAAGAGCUCCUCUCGCGCCAAACCCAGUACGGACCGUAUUGGAGGAGAGAGAAACAAACAAUAAAUCCGAAUAGAGAGAGAGAGAAACAAUAAGAAAACAAUAAACCCAUAAAUCCACCUGGACAGGAGAGAGAGAGAGAGAAAUUACGCUUGCUUUUGAUUGGUCAUAUAGAGAGGGGAACUUUCGACUUUGUCCAUCGAUAUGAAGAGCAUCUGAAUAGACAAGAGUACACCAGAAUUCGUAAGAGUAAGCCAGAAUACUUUUUGCCUCAUUAAGAGCAUAUGAGAUUAUUACCGCUAGAUAUCGUUCUGCUUCUUCAAUGUGAGUAAAUAGAGUGACUGCCCCCGGAUUAACUUGAACUUCGGGUAAUCCACUCGCAAGCUCACUAUAGUUUCCACCAUAUGAACUUUCUUUCUCACCUCUUGAUUGUUGCUCCGUUACUGGAACUAUUUCCAUUUCUUCGAUGACCUCUACAUGCAAAAUACUUAUUCUUCCCUCUUUAUCCACUGAUGUCAGAUACACAAACACAUCUUCAUCAUAUAAAAUAUAUGAUUGCCUCUUAGGCCCUACUACCAGUGGAAUGUAACUCAGAUUCAGCCUCUUUGUACACGGAUCUAUGGUCUUCUUCUUGCAUAUCCUCUCCUUCAAAAACAAAUAAGUGAUCUCAUCCAAUGAUGAUGUCUUAAAGGAUAUAGCAUACAAACGACCAUCGCUUGGAAUCCAUUCCGAGUCAUCUCCAGAUUUCUCAUAAUGUCCAUCCUAGUCAAAGUGUAUGUUUGUAGAAGAAUAACCCAUUAUCUGUUGUACAAAAAAAAAUUAAACUCUUAAAGUUAUUCCUAGUUUUCCAGUUUUGCUAUUGAAGUUAUACUAAGUUAUAUCUUAUUACACAUUUUUGUCAGGGAGUAAAGUUUCACCUACUUACACUUUUCUAGUCUACCAGUUUCACACUAUUCAAUCAAUUCAUUCGGGAAAUUCAGCUUUGAUCCCCGACUUUUCUUGUUGAUUAUCCAAUUCCACACACCACCCAACUCCCACACUUUCCCAUUCUCCCCUGAUUGACAACCCAAAUAUGAAAUCUACCGUCUCAUUGAUGGGGUUAUAGCAUACAGACCAGAACCAAGAUAAUGCUUUACCUGAAGUUGGGGAUCUAUUGCUCAAUGAUUCAGCAUCCAAGCGAGCAGCCGCAGUCAUCUUUAGAAUCGAAGAAUCGCUGAUUUCGAUUUCAGGGCAGGAGAGAUCCUCUCGCGCCAGACCCAGUACGGACCGUAUUGAAGGAGAGAGAAACAAACAAUAAAUCCGAAUAGAGAGAGAAACAAUAAGAAAACAAUAAACCCAUAAAUCCACCUGGACAGGAGAGAGAGAGAAAUCGCGCUUGCUUUUGAUUGGUCAUAUAGAGAGGGGCACUUUCGACUUUGUCCAUCGAUAUGAAGAGUAUCAGAAUAGACAAGAGUACACCAGAAUUCGUAAGAGUAAGCCAGAAUACUUUUUGCCUCAUUAAGAGUAUCUGAGAUUAUUACCGCUAGAUAUCGUUCUGCUUCUUCAAUGUGAGCAAAUAGAGUGACUGCCCCCGGAUUAACUUCAACUUCGGGUAAUCCACUCGCAAGCUCACUAUAGUUCCCACCAUAUGAACUUUCUUUCUCACCUCUUGAUUGUUGCUCCGUAACUGGAACUAUUUCCAUUUAUUCGAUGACCUCUACAUGCAAAAUACUUCUUCUUCCCUCUUUAUCCACUGAUGUCAGAUACACAAACACAUCUUCAUCAUCCAAAAUAUAUGAUUGCCUCUGAGGUUCUACUACAAGUGGAAUGUAACUCAGAUUCAGCCUCUUUGUACAUGGAUCUAUGGUCUUCUUCUUGCAUAUCAUCUCCUUCAAAAACUAAUAAGUGAUCUUAUCCAAUGAUGAUGUCUUAAAGGAUAUAGCAUACAAACGACCAUCGCUUGGAAUCCAUUCUGAGUCAUCUCCAGAUUUCUCAUAAUGUCCAUCAUAGUCAAAGUGUAUGUUUGUAGAAGAAUAACCCAUUAUCUGUUGUACAAAAAAAAAUUAAACUCUUAAAAUUAUUCCUAGUUAUCCAGUUUUGCUAUUGAAGUUAUACUAAGUUAUAUCUUGUUACACAUUUUUGUCAGGGAGUAAAGUUUCACCUACUUACACUUUUCUAGUCUACCAGUUUCACACUAUUCAACCAAUUCAUUCGGGAAAUUCAGCUUUGAUCCCCGACUUUUCUUGUUGAUUAUCCAAUUCCACACACCACCCAACUCCCACACUUUCCCAUUCUCCCCUAAUUGACAACCCAAAUAUGAAAUCUACUGUCUCAUUGAUGGGGUUAUAAGAUACAUACCAGAACCAUACUUUACCUGAUGUUGGGGAUCUAUUGCUCAAUGAUUCAGCAUCCAAGCGAGCAGCCGCAGUCUCCUUUAGAAUCGAAGAAUCGCUGAUUUCGAUUUCAGGGCAGGAGAGAUCCUCUCGCGCCAAACCCAGUACAAACUGUAUUGGAGGAGAGAGAAACAAACAAUAAAUCCGAAUAGAGAGAGAGAAACAAUAAGAAAACAAUAAACCCAUAAAUCCACCUGGACAGAAGAGAGAGAGAAAUCGCGCUUGCUUUUGAUUGGUCAUAUAGAGAGGGGCACUUUCGACUUUGCACAUCGAUAUGAAGAGUAGCAGAAUAGACAAGAGUACACCAGAAUUCGUAAAAGUAAGCCAGAAUACUUUUUGCCUCAUUAAGAACAUCUGAAAUUAUUACCCCUCAAAUGACCCCAAAUCCUAAAUUGACAAUUUUUAGUGCUCUCAUGGUUAAGAUUUUGACAGAAAGUUAAAAUAUUUUAGAAAUGAAUAUUUUUGUUGCAUAAGCAUCUUCAGCAUCGUCUAUAUAUAAUCUGACGAAAUUAUUUUCCUAAUGAAUCCAGGAGUUUGAUGAGAGCUAUGGGAGUGGAUGGCAAUGUGUGGUGGGAUCAAAUUUUGGGUGUUUCUUCACACAUUCUAAAGGGACAUUCAUCUAUUUUCAAUGGGAGACACUUAAGUUCCUAAUCUUCAAAGGCGCUUCUACUCCUUAAAAAAUGGAACCCUAAGCCAAUGUUCUAUUAUUUAUCCUUCUGUGAAGAUCUGUGAAAAAAACAUGAAUAGCUUAUCAAAAAUCUUUUUGUUGGCUCUUUAUAGUUUUGUUUGAAUCUAGGUCUGUAAAUAGACCUAAGAUGGGGAAAUUUCAUUUAUAUGUGAUUUAUGUGUUUGCCCUUGUGUCCUCAAUAAGAUUGUAAUAUACAUGAUCUUCAUACAUUUUUCUUUACUGAAUUGAAAACAAAAUCACCACCAACAAUAUAGUCAUUAAUAAACAUAAUUAGCAUAAUUUGUGGACAACGACCCGUCAACUACUCUUCAUAUAUAUAAACUAUACGAAGCCUACUAAAUAUAGAAGGCUGCCAAGAUUAUACUAUAUCCAUUUCGUUAAUUGAUUGAGAGAUUAAAAAUAAUAACUACAAAUAAGGGUAUGUGACAUGUCCUCCUUGAUGAUAUAAGAUUUAUUUUAAAGUAUGUUUGAAAAUUUUGGUUUUCUAAUAUCGUGCACCCCAUAUUCCACCAAACUUAUAAAUAGUAAACAUUCCAAGAAUAAGUAAUUUAUUUUCCCUAAAGAAUCUGACCAUGUUCACUUGUUUACGGUUAUGGACAACGGAUAAUUAUAGUUACUAAAAUAAAUCAGGUUUUAAGAAAAGAAAUCAAAACCAUUAACAGAAGUCAAACAAUUGUGCUCUGUAAUUGCUAAGUUUAAAAAUCAAACACCGUUUUUGGUUAAUUAAGUUUGUUAUUUUUCUUCAAAAUCUCCUAAAACUCCUCUUUAUUACAGGAUUAAGAAACAUAGAGAUUAAAAAGAAACUUCAAAACACAGGAAUCUUCUAUUUUUUUAUUAUUAUUUUGAUUAGAAUUGUAAAAGCAAUGGAGCAAGAACAAGAGAGUUACAAAUCAAGAUUGUUUCAUUUCAAGAACAUGAGCGAACAUUCAGCUUCAAGACAUGUUAAAAGCUGGAGUUCAGAUUGCGCCAUGAAAAUAGAUGGUUCAGACAGUUUUGAUGAUGAUGAUAAUGACCUGAUGUUCAGAAGUCAACCCGGAAAUUUUGGCAGUGUUGAACGGCCACCUUUGCCUUCAAGCGGUGAUGCAACGCCCAACCGCAGUGACAAGAUUGGUACUCCGAGGAUGGUUUCUUCUGAAUCCAUGGAAGCACAAUUACAAGCAGCCAUGGAGCAAAUGAAAGAAAGGUUUUCAAAACUGCUUCUCGGAGAAGAUAUGUCUGGAGGAGGAAAAGGCGUUUCUUCGGCUUUGGCUUUAUCUAAUGCCAUUACCAAUCUAGCAGCAUCUGCCUUUGGAGAACAGAGGCGUUUGGAGCCAAUGCCUGCUGAUAGAAAAGCGCGGUGGAGAAGAGAACUUGGAUGGCUUAUCUCUGUGGCUGAUCAUAUAGUUGAAUUCGCUCCAACGCAACAAACAAACAAAGAUGGAUCUUCAAUGGAAGUCAUGACAACAAGACAGAGAACAGAUCUACUCUGCAACGUUCCUGCACUUAAGAAACUCGAUGCAAUGCUCCUUGUAAGAACUAAGAACAAAAAUUACUAUAAUAAUGUCUCAUUUUAUUGUAAUUCUCCUAAUAUUUUGACGUUUUUUGUUUAUUUGCAGGAUUGUCUUGACAAAUUCAAGGACCAAAAUGAGUUUUAUUAUGUCAAAAAAGAUUCUCCUGAUUCUUCAGAGACAAGAAAUGAUGAGAAAUGGUGGUUACCAGCGGUUAAAGUCCCACCUAAUGGCCUCUCCGAGAUGUCAAGAAGGUUUCUACAGAGCCAAAAGGAAUGUGUUAAUCAAGUCCUUAAAGCUGCAAUGGCAAUAAACGCUCAAGUUCUGUCUGAAAUGGAGAUUCCUGAAAGCUACCUGGAAUCACUUCCUAAGAACGGGAGAGCUAGCUUGGGAGAUGUGAUAUACAAAAUGAUAACAGUAGAGAUGUUUGAUGCAGAUCAGUUCCUGAUUGAAAUGGAUUUAUCAUCCGAGCACAAGAUUCUUGAUCUAAAGAACAAAAUCGAAGCAUCGAUUGUGAUAUGGAAGAGAAAGAUGGUGCAGAAGGACACAAAAUCUCCUUGGGGCUCAGGAGUGAGUACUGAGAAAAGAGAACAGUUUGAAGAAAGAGCUGAAACAAUCUUGCUUCUUUUGAAACAAGGGUUUCCUGGAAUCUCUCAAUCCUCGCUUGACAUCAGCAAGAUUCAAUGCAACAGAGAUGUAGGACUUGCUAUAUUGGAGGGCUACUCGAGAGUGCUUGAGAGUUUGGCUCACACGGUGAUGUCGAAAAUAGAAGACGUGCUUUACGCUGAUCAGCUUACUCAAGAACCUACAAAUGCACCUUCUAAAAACAGAUAUCUUGUGAAAGAGACAAUGAAGGAGGAAAGACUUAGUUUUUCGGAGGACACGGCUACAGGGACAUCACUAUCUGAUGUUAUGCAAUGGGGUAACAAGAACAAUGAAGUGAAGAAAGAAAGCUAUUAUGGAGAUCGAGACAAACCAUUGUUGUCCAAAGUCACAGGCCUUAUGACAACCAACAAGAAGAGUUCUUAUCUUGAAACUAUUGGAGUUAUGAGGAGUCCAACGGCUAGAUACUCCUGAAAGAAUCGGUUUCUUUUUUUCUUGUAAAAUUAGGUUUGCUUGUUGCAUUUUCUAUAAUUCAAAUGGAAAAGCACCAUCCUGUUGUAGCAGACUUUUAUAUGCAAUUUUAUUGAUUCAUCAUAUUUGGUUCUCAUAUCACUAGCUCACAAAGCAAAUAACACAACACAAUAUACAUAAAUCAUUAAAAAGGGUUCACAGAAUUGAGAAAGCCAAUAUAAAGCUUGCACUGAGGACCUAGCUUAGGCUGAAGCACUGACUUAAGUAAGCAAAGAGCCUCCUCCAAGAAUAAAAAACUUGAGAAGCAGCAAAUAUCACACUUAUGUCUCCAUACUUCGCCACCAAGGCACCAGCUCUCUAAUACAAACCCCAAAAGUAACAAACUUUUGUUAGUUGCAUUUCUCAUAAAACUCAGUCCAAGAUUCCAGUAUGAAGGCAUAUAAAUUACCUAGUGGAUUUGGAUUUGAAGCUUUUGCGAGAAGGCUUGAUGAAGAGCUUUGAUCGGGAGAGAGAGCUACCUCUGAGUCCUUUGACGGCGGUCAAUGGUUGAACAGCGGUGAUGGUUUCAAAAGAUGCCAUGUUUCUCCGACUAAACAAACACUUAAUUAAGACUUCUGUCUUUUUGUUGUUGUUGCGAAAGUAAGUGAGUGAAUUCUUGUAAUUUGUAUAGCUGGAGAAUCUACUUCACUCAUGGACGGAUCUUAUUAGCAUAUGAUUAGUAUUAUGUGAAUCAACUGAUUUGUAUGAGUUAUCCUAGGUUAAAGAAGCUUGUUUUGAUUCUGUUAGUAUCCUGAGUUAGAAGUUAAUCAUUAAUCAUCCCUAGUCAAUGAUCUAUACCCAAUCAAAUUAUAUAUACCCAUGAAUUUAGUCUUAAUCUUGAUUGAUAUUGAUUUUGCUUUUGGGUCUUGCUUGAAUUUAGAUCCCUGAUUAAUUUUGAAUUGUUUUAGUCACUAAUAUAUCUUUCAAAUCAACUUUAUUUCUUAGAUUGAAUGACGACUUGAAUUCUUAGUGCUUUACACAUUUCCAACUUCGAUUGACAAAAAGAAAAGGUUGGAUUGAAGUGAGGUCACUUGUGUUUGAACAUUGCCUUCUGUUAGAUUUUAAGCAUGUCAGUAAGAAAAUCCUUUUACCUCGGAAAAAGAAUGUUGUGCGCAGCUUCGUCGGAUCAGCACUAACAGCGGAGGCUCUAGCCAUCUGGAAGGCGAUGCAGGAAGCAUCAAAAGAGGGGAUUUCAUGUCUCCAGAUUCUAUCGGACUCAAGCAUCCUCAUCUCUUCCCUGCGAUCAGGGUUGGUGUUGAACGAGAUAGCGGGACUUCUAUGCGAUAUUGGUCACCUCAUUCCUCUCUUCACAUCUCUAUCUUUUGUUUUAAUUCCGCACACAACAAACUUUGUAGCUGAUAACCUUGCAAAAACUGCUCUUACUUCCCUUAUGUUGCAAAACAAUGUGUAAGCUUUUAAUGGUUUGAAUGAAAAAGCUGUUGACCAAAAAAAAAAAACUCCCUUUGGGUUAAGUUUGAAGCUCCUUUACCUCAAGAGGACGUUACACUUUGUUGUACCACUUUAUUACCUUAGUAUGAGGUUGUUAUCUGGUAUUUUGUCUUGGUGGCUCUGUAUUCUAUUACUUUAGGCUUGUUUAGUUGGCGUAGUGGUUCUCUGCACAGUUCUCAAACUUUUCAAAGUGGUGUUUGGUCGCCUCUGAGUUCGUAGUUUUAUAUUCUCCAAUCGUUCAUGUUAAGUACUUUCUGACUUGUUUGGCAACUGGAACGUGGAAUAAAGAAUGUAGCUCCUCUAGUAAGUUUGUGUGGGUUUGUCCCUUGCCGCCAAAGCUUCAACGCUGCAGGUUGCUCCUCAAUUAGCAAUGCCGCUGGACUCUCAGAAUCAAUCGUCCUUUUCUCUGUCCUGCAUUCAGUGAUGGAUAUGAAUGAGAUUACAUGUUUUCCCAACAGCCGAAACUUUGCCACUCUCUUCACUCAGCUAUCUUAUAUUUUUAGUCUAUGCACAUCAAUCUGUUUAGGUGUUGCUUUUGCAAGUGAUGCUCUACCCAAACUCUGUUCUUCAAAUACUCUGUUUUGAAUUUUUAUGAAAUGAAAACCUUGGACAAAAAUAACAAUGAGAUUUGGAUUUUGAUACUUCUAACUGACAAACUCCACGAAUUAACAUUUUAAUCACCAGAAAACUCCUUAAAUUUAUAAUUUAAAGUAUUAUUUGCAAAUCAUAAAUUUAAUACCCGCUAGAUCUUUUAUAAUCUUGAAAAUUCAUGUUUGAAUAUCAAGAGAUUCGUCAUUUUAAUUUUUAACACAAAUCUCUUUAAAUAUUAUUUUCAAUACAUUCCCUAUAAUUUUCUAUGGUCAUACAUCAAUUUUCCUUUCAAUAAUUUACAGAUUUAUUUCUUGUAACACCAAUGUUUCAGCUAACCUCUUCGAUACAAAACAUUAUCAAAGUUUAGUAUGAAAUUAUGAUCUUUUCUCACAAACGAAAAGUUGUGAUUCCACACAGAAUAAUUACAAAAAGAAAGAUUUACAAAAUAAGAAGAUUGUUAUUUCGAACUGAAGAAUCAUAAAAGAGGGGUGUGAUUGCAAACAGAGACCUCUAAUCCUCGAGAAAGUGAGCGUGGCUGAAAACACUGAUGACCCCCUGGCUGUGGAACUCAACUUGGCUCGGUUGGGCAUUUUUAAUAAACAGAACUACAUCCUGAUCUGCGCAACAACGGGGAUAUUAUUUUCAGUUUUAUAUGCAUAUAUAUUUAUUUUACACCAUUGGUGGUAUACAUUUUUAAUUUUAAUCAUAUAUGUAAAUGUUUAUAUAAUUAUUUCAAAUAAAAUAAAUUAUAGUUUACAUGUUGUAAAUAAUCAAUCGUUUAAAACCAUCACAUGUAUUUGUUACUUCUUAUUAUAUAUUUAUCUUAUUGUAUUUGCAUUUAGUUAUUAAAUAAAUUAAUAUGCGCAUGAAAAAACAUAUUUGAAAAUUAUUUUGUAUUUAAUUUAUGUUAAUUUUUUAUCCCCCCUUCAAAACUAAUUUCCUUUUAGUAAUAUAUUUAUGUUUAUUCAAUUUACAUAAUAUAUUAUUGUAUAUACAAAACUCUAAAAUAUGUGAAUUUUUAUAAUGUAUUGUUUCUAUUGUUAAGCCGUUUUGUCAUCAUAUUGUACUUUUUAACAUAAAUAUUUAAUAAUUAUGAAAAUAAAAUUUAUAAA